AUGAUCCGUUUUAAACAGAUCUGUCUAAAAGCUUCAGAACGACUGAGCCAGAGGGAGGGCAUCAGUGCCACUCGGCUGAACUCAGUCCCUCCUCAGUCUCCUCGGUCCCUACUCAGUCCCUCCUCAGUCCCCUCUGGUCCUCCUCAGUCCCUACUCAGUCCCUCCUCAGUCCCCUCUGGAUCUCCUCAGUCCCUCCUCAGUCCCCUCUGGUCCUCCUCAGUCCCCUCUGGUCCCCCUCUGGUCCUCCUCAGUCCCUACUCAGUCCCUCCUCAGUCCCCUCUGGACCUCCUCAGUCCCUCCUCAGUCCCCUCUGGACCUCCUCAGUCCCCUCUGGACCUCCUCAGUCCCCUCUGGACCUCCUCAGUCUCCUCUGGUCCUCCUCAGUCCCUCCUCAGUCUCCUCAGGUCCUCCUCAGUCCCUCCUCAGUCUCCUCAGGUCCUCCUCAGUCCCUCCUCAGUCUCCUCAGUCCCUACUCAGUCCCUCCUCAGUCCCCUCUGGACCUCCUCAGUCCCCUCUGGACCUCCUCAGUCUCCUCUGUAG